AUGUCGACCAACAAGUUUCGCCUGGCCCUGCUACAGCUCGCGGUGACAACCAACAAGACAAGAAACCUUGAAAGAACGAGUAAGCUAAUCAGGAAGGCUGCUUAUGCGGGAGCAAAUAUGGUCUGCCUCCCAGAGUGUUUCAACUUUCCGUACGAUCCCAAGGACUUCUCAAUUAAUGCCGAAUCUAUUCCCGGAAGGUCCAGCGAGAUGUUGUCAGGCUGCGCCAAAGAAAGCCAAGUCUACCUUGUCGGUGGCACACUUUCGGAGCGUGGCAAUGAGAAAUGCUACAACACCUGCUUAGUGUACGGACCGGAUGGUUCGAUGCUGGCCAAGCACCGCAAAGUACACCUUUUCGAUGUCAACAUCCCCGGCAAACUCAUCUUCAGCGAAUCAACCUUUUUAGCACCGGGCGACGGACUGACCACUUUCGACACCCCGUUCUGCAAAGUGGGUCUUGGUGUCUGCUACGACAUUGGGUUUGCCCCCUUUGCUCAGGCGUACGCUCAACUUGGUUGCAAGUUGCUGGUGUUCCCUGCAGCCUUCAACAUGAUUACCGGUCCGAAGUACUGGGAUCUGCUUUGGAGGUGUAGAGCGUUUGACAACCAGGUUUACGUGGCCUCGGUGUCGCCCGCGAGAGAUGAAACGGCGUCCUACGUCACCUGGGGACACAGCAUGUUUGUGGGUCCGUCGGGCGAAGUAGUCAAAGAGGCUGGUGUUGGUGAAGAGCUCAUUCUUGCUGAUGUGGACUUGAAUCAUCUUGUUUCUAUGAGGGACCAGAUGCCCAAGAUUAAGCACAAAAGGAAUGAUAUAUACAAAGUAGUCAGCUGUAAAGUCGUGGGCUCUAACUUGGCGCCUUCCUAG